GUUUUCAAUAUGUAAUGGCUGCGCCCAUGUACAUGCAGUCGAAUGUCAACAAGCUCAGAGCAGGCGUUGAGAAAAUAAACACGUAUGAAGAUGUCGCUGUGUUUACGUUUGUUUCACUUUGGAAGACAGGCCUGGUGCAGAUCCUUUACCCAGAAAAACAUGUACAGUGUUACCAACCACUGUAGACAAUGCAGAAGACAUCAACACAGCGUCCAAAGGUCUAGUAACAUAUCCGAGUUAGAGUCGUCACUGUUUGUAAGUGGUGUUUAUCAGGACGACUCACUAUUACUGUCAUUAGACCUUGAUAUUGAGGCGAUGUUGCAUGACCUGGAUUCCAAUCUACACUCAAGAAAACACACCAGCUGGAACAGCGAUCACAUCAACCAGUUUAAAGACAACUACAGAAAGUUUGCUGAGAUAAGUGUGAAGUUGAAAAACAUAGAGGAAGACCAAAAGAACACAAGUUUCUUAUUUCAAUCCAUUAAACAGAAGCAGAAAAACUCAACUUUGACCAAAGAAGAAGCAGAACAGGAGAGAGCAGUUCUGCGGGACAAGGGGAGACAACUAAAACUGCAGCACACUAGCCUCAUGGAUGAAUAUUUGACUCUAGAGCAAGUUGUCAUUUUCCAUGCUCUUCGGAUACCUAACCAUCUACAUAUAGACACACCAAACGAUGAGUUGAAGGAGCUGGACAGGUGUGGCUUCCCAGAAAAAGUGGAGAUAUCAAAUGAAAAAUUGAACAAAACUCUGAAAAAAUGUAUAAAAUUCAGUAAUAUUGGCCGGAGGUCUUAUUAUCUGAUGUCUAACGCAGCAUUGAAGGAGCAGGAACUCAUCACCAGUGUGUCCUCAGGACUACGGGGGUCAGGCUUCACACACAUGGUGUGUCCUGAGAUCUUCAAGACUAUCCCUGUGGAGGGUGCUGGCAUCACCCCACAAGAUCCCAAGGAGGUGUACAAAGAACCAAAAAAGGUGGGGCUUGCUUCAAAAUAA